UUCAGCCCCCCAGACACAAACUAACCACGAUGGUUGCUUUCCUGCUCUGGGUCUUCAGCCUCGGCUGCCUGGCUUUGCCGUCCGACGCGCAGCCGGCUUACAACAACCUUCCUGACUCCUUCAAGAAGGGAGUGGAUUUGGCCCUGGAGAAACUCAGCUCCCAUGCCAGCGUCCUGCAUCAUUUUCUCUUCUUCAGGAGUUUGGAAAAGUCAGAAUUCGAGCCCGGCUUUAAUGUGAAAUUCAUAAACCACAACUUCUACCUUAAAGCCACAAAGUGCCAGAAGGGAACCGUCGACGCCACGAGUUGCCAGUUCAGAAACGACAGGCCGCUCAUCGACUGCGUAACCUGUUAUAAAACCUUCGAGGAAGAGAUUGAAGCAGAACCGCAGCCGUACAUCCACUGCGUCCACAGACCAGCGCUGACCGAGGACAUGAGAACCACCAGAGCUGAACAAUGCAAAGCUCUGAAGUACAGAUGCGGCACUCCGACUCUUCUCUCAUCGAUUGGAGACAAUUAAGAAAGUUUAACACGUCAAAGCUAAAUUAUUCUGUCUCCUCUGUUGUUGUUUUAUCAAAACUAGCUUCUAUGAUGUCGAUUUUAUGUUUAUUUUCUCUAACAAAGUGCAUAGUGUCAAAUAGAAAUCAUUUUCCAUCCUCUUGUCUCUGUCACGUUACUCACACACUUAUCAAGUAAAUAAAACAUUAAGAUCACUUUA